UCUGGUAGGAUUUAUUGCUGGAUAAAUUAGCAACGACGUCUUAGGUAGCAUUGUCACGACUUAACAACCUCUCUCCCACCCACCCAACGACAUGGAAUCAAUUUAUAGAACAAUAAAUGGCUUCUCCGUCACGGGAUUCAGUGCAAUUUGGAGAAGGGAUCGUCUCCCUGCAAGCACAAAGCCCGGGAAUGAGCUCCAGCCUCAGCUCACACCUCCAUCCAGCCCUUGCUGAUUAAGGGUGACGAAAGCUGCAAGAGGUGGCCAUCCAACCGUCGAAUGAGGUGCAUAUGCAGACGUGGCGAGCCAGGACCAGGGCAAAAGGGACGUGGUUGGAAGAGGGGAAAGAGACAAAUUAUCCUUGCGAAUUGUACCCUUGCUGCAUGUGCAGAAGGAUGGGAGACUUUCUAGAGCUUCCCCGGACAGGGCACCGGAGCUGGAUCACAGCCUGGGUUUCCCUUCUGGGACCAUUCUGGAUUGUGAUCCUAGCCCCCAACCUCUCACCUCCGGGGUUAAAACAACAACCGCACAGGGCCAAAUCCGGUGACGGACAAGGAUGCUAUGUCCUGUAGUUCGUCACAACCAAGAAUGCAACCCCCUUCCUGAAGAGGUUUCUGCCACGAGGGAAGUCUUCCGAGACAAGCCCAACACAUCCCACUCCCCGAUCAAAUAUUCCUCCCGCCAAUGCAUGCCUGUCUCUACCAACAUAUGCAGUCAGCUGGAGUUUGUUGGCUGCACGUAACUUGGUACCUAGCUCUCAUAACAAAAAUCCGUACAAAUGCCCUCCCACCGCCCACCAUACCACAGACAUAGACAGCGGCACAGCACUCAAGUUCUCGCGUGGUAAAUGUCCCAAUGAUGCACGCUGCCCUCCUCUUCUCCCUCCUCGGUCUCGCCGCGGCCGGCAGUCCCAAACCCGCUAAACAAACCAAAGUCCUCUUCACUUACGAAAACACCGUCCUGACCCCCUCCUCCAUCCGCUCUUUCCCCCCCCUCUCCUUCGGCGACGCAUCCAAACCUGUCCGUUCCAAGCCCAAAUGCCGCGCCUUUCCCGGGACAUCUGACUGGCCUUCGGCCACGGAAUGGUCCAAGUUCGGCAACUUCCUCAACGGCUCACUGCUUCGACCCGAGCCAGCACAGGCGGCGUGCUACCCUGGCCCGCUGCAAAACCAGACACGUUGCCAGUGGCUCGUCACCCAAGCAGGACAGACACACUUCUGGCUUGAUGAGCCGUUGACGACGCUGACGGAGUGGCCUCAGGGGAGCACGUGCGUGUUGAGUGCUAACGCCACGGGGGAGUGUGAGAGGGGUGGGUGGCCAGAGUAUGUGGUUAAUGUGACGAGCGUGAGGGAUGUGCAGGCUGCAGUAAACUUUGCGAGGAAUAAGAACUUGAGGGUGGUGAUCAAAAAUACCGGCCAUGACUUUGGUGGACGGUCGAUGGGUGCUGGGUCGUUGAGUAUUUGGGUACAUAACCUCAAGACCUUCGAAUAUCUGCCUAGCUUCACGAUGGGCAAGUACACCGGUCCUGCGGCGCAUGUCGGGGCUGGGAUUGAGUCUUUUGAGUUGUUCAACCACAUGUUCAAGAGCAAUAUCUCGCUUGUUGGACCGGGCUGGGGGACGGUUGGUGCUGUGGGGGGUUGGGUAUCUGUUGCUGGGCAUGGGACGUUGACGUCCAAGUAUGGUCUUGGGGCGGACCAGGUCUUGUCAAUCAAUGUUGUUACUGCCGACGGACAGUUUCUGACGGUCGAUCCGUUCAACCAUGAGGAUUUGUGGUUUGCGUUGCGGGGUGGUGGUGGCAGCACCUGGGGCGUCAUCACCUCCGUCGUGGUCAAAGCCUACCCUCCCAUCAACACCGUCACCGUCCCCCUCAACUUCGGCAACAUCGGCUUCCCAAGCAACUCCACCGACGGCACCUACCCCCUCCCCAUCAGAGUCGCCACAGGCCAACCUCCCCCCAACACCAACUUCAUGAAUAACAAACCAGAACAGUUCUGGGAAGGCGUCAAGAUCUCCUACCACUACUGCCUCAAAGUCCAAGAGCUCGGCGGCUACUGCUUCAGCUACAUCUUCCCCCUCGGUAACAAUAGCUUCGCCUUUACCUCCAACCAAAUCAUCCCCAACAUCACCGCCUCCGAAGCCAUCGCCGCCCUUCAACCCCUAUACACUCAGCUCAACGCCCUCUCCAUCCCCGUCUCCCUCCCCUCAUCAGGCCAAAUCCCCCCAACCCUCUACGCCGGCAACGGCCAAAGAAUGGGCUCCUCCAACCCAGCCAACACCCGCUACCGCUCCCGCCUCUUUCCUCGCAAGAACCUCGUCGACCCCGCCCUGUGGAACAAGACCUUCGCCGCCAUCCGCUCGGGCGUUGAAGAAGGCGGUCUCGUCUUCCACGGCUGGGGUUACGCCCCAACAUGCAAAAAGGCUGGGUAUCCCGGGUGUGAGAACAGUGCUGUCCACCCCGCCUGGAGGGAGACUGUUCUCCCUGCUGCGCUCAUGGAGGUUAUCCCUGCUAGGUGGACAGCUGCUCAGGCAAAGGCGAAUGAUGAGCACACAUAUAAAUACACCGAUGUGUUCAAGCAGUUGACGUCCGGGGCGGGGUCGUAUAUGAAUGAGGGGGAUCCGGCGGAGAAGAAUUGGCAGGAUAGCUUUUUCGGAGUGAAUUAUAAGAAACUAUUGAAGAUCAAGGGGAAGAGGGAUCCGUGGGGGUUGUUUUGGGCGCAGACGACGGUGGGGAGUGAGGAGUGGAGGGUUGCGACGGCGGAUGGGUACCCUGCUGGGCAGAAUGGGAGGUUGUGUCGUGUUUGA